GGAAGGAGCCGAAAGGUUCGCGAGCUUCCGCCGGCGCGUGCGCGCAGGCGCUCUCCCGUCGCCCCUCCUCCACUCACCGCGGGGGUUACAGAGGGCGACCUCGGCGGCUGUUCUGCGUCCUCGCACUCCUCCCUCCGCUCGGCUUUCCCUCGCCAGGCCCCGCCCACCCCGCGAGCUCACCGAGAGGAGAGGCUUCUGCGCAGCGACCGCACCGGCAGCCCCAGCGACGCUCGCAGAAGCGGAGGAGGAGGCCCCGGCCCCAGCGCCGCCAUGGUGAAGAUCGCCUUCCAGUCGCCCUUCGCCCACAAGGACGAGCCCAAGAAGGAGGCGGCGGAGGCCUUGGUGGCGGACAAGGAUCCAGAAGUUGCAACCCACAGCCAUGAAAGCUCAUCCGGAAGAUGCCUGCUGACCUUGCUGGGCGUUGCAUUCAUCUUAGCUGGAGUGGUGGUUGGUGGAGCCUGCAUCUACAAGUACAUGUCAAGGCACAAAGUGUUCCAUGGAAAAAUAUGCUUUGGAGCGGAGGACAAUCCGGAUAGUGCUGCAGAACCGUACUUUCUACCCAUUGCCGAAGUUGCUGAUAUCCGGGAGGAUGACAACGUAGCAAUCAUCGAUGUCCCGGUUCCAAAAUUCUCCGACAGUGAUCCUGCAGCAAUUGUUCAUGAUUUCGACAGGCUUCUGACGGCCUACCUUGAUCUGCAACUGGGAAACUGCUACGUGAUCCCUCUGAACACCUCCAUUGUCAUGCCACCUCGGAACCUGAUAGACCUCUUCGCAAAAUUAGCAACUGGCUCCUAUCUGCCUCAAACUUACCUUAUUCGUGAAGAAAUGGUUGUGACCGAAGAGAUUGAUAACAUCUCAGAUCUCGGCAUUUUUAUUUAUCAGCUCUGUGCAGGGAAGGAAACUUUCAGACUUCAGCGCAGAGAUAAGACCAUGGGUCUCCAAAAACGCUCUGCUGAAAAAUGCCACUCAAUCCGGCACUUUGAAAAUGAGUUUGUUGUGGAAACCAAGAUCUGCCAGCAGUGAAAAAGACAGGUUGCAAAGUGACAACUCUCGCAUCUUCACUGAGAAGUCCAAGCUUUACAUUUUAAACUUCGGAAUUAUAAAAGAAAGUGCAGUGAUAAUCAAAAGCCUUAUGCUUUUUUGUGUAUUGCUUAGAUUUAAGAAAGGAGAAAAAUAAGCACACUCCAAAGUCACCAUGUUGUUUUGUUUGGGGGGGGGGGGGUUUGCUUUGGGCCCCUGGUGUCGCUCCACUUUCCCUGAUAUUACUCUGGAAUGGAAAUUUGCACAUUUAAACUGAUACCCACUUGGCCAACGAGCAUCUGUUUCAGAGCUUUUAAAAAGCAGAAGGGAAAAAAAACUCCUUUGUAAGCAGUGCUCGAUUCCUGCAUAGGACUGUAGUCUAAUCAUCAGCUGACUUCACAAAAUGAAACUGACUUUAUUAAUCUUGUGGUUUGCACAUUUUUUUGAAUAGCUUGGCUAAUAGCUCUGCACCGCAUCUCCUGGUAGAAAAAAAACACAUCAAGACUUCUAAGGUUUAUUUGAACUUUCUGUGUGAAGCAUGUAAAUUUUAACCUUGGUAAUCAUCAGCAGCUAACUUGGCUUUUUUUUUUUUCUCAUUUUGUGCAAUUACUGUAUUGAACUUGUUUGUAUAUUUGGAACUUUCCCUGAACUUACCUUUACAAUCUCUUCUUUCUUAAUUUUUUUCCCCUUUUCUUUUUCCUUUUUGGUGAUACUUAGUUAUAUCCCGAUACAGUCGCUCUUUAAAGCUUUUAUGUUAUUUUUGGCUAAUAUCUUAAAACUGCUUUAACCCUUAAACUACCAGCAUAUGUAAGUACAGCCUGAUUUGGACCAAUUGUCAGUGUUUCUGUAGCUGUAAAAUUCCCUCCCAGGUCUACAUAUGAUUUUUUUUAGAUCAGAACUGAAGAGCAAGAUAAAAGUCAUUAGCUGCAGUCUCAAAGUGUUGCCCUUGCGGAGGCCUGCAGUCCAAGACGGCAAAGGGGUUGCUAGAGAGCUGCUAAGCUGAGUGUUUUAUAAGGGACUUUAUAUUUCACAUGGAUCCUGCAACCCUCUAAUAAAUGUUUCUCUAAGA